UAUAUUCGUAUUGCAUAUCUCCUCCAAUCUCCGUGACCUGCGCCCCGGAUACCGGGCGGCAUGGCAUUCACGUGUCUAACUAUUGUGUUAUGCUCAUUGCUGUUGGACGCCGAACGUCUAAUACACUUACAUUGAGCUUGUUUGUUUACUUAUUAUUGUUAAAAAUAAAACAUAAAAACGCUGCAACACAUUAUUGAGACUAAUUGUACUUUAAUAGUCACAUCGCAAACAGUAUCUAAUGUCACUAGUUUACUAAUUUUCAUAACGAGAAUAUACUAAAGAUUAAAAUUCAACCCCAAAUUCUGAAGGGUCAGGUCUUAUGGUCCAGAUUAUUGGAGUAAGGUGUUGGGUUUCAAUAGAGGAUAUCAGACAAAGACAUAUUUAGUAAUUCACAUAUGACAAAUCUUUUAAACUACCAAAAAAAUUUCUAGAGGAGGAUAAAUCUUUGUAUUUUUGAAUAUAUUCAAAUAGUUUAAAAGAUUAAAAUGUCUGAGAUUCCACAAAUCAAAUGUGAGCCCCAAGAUAUAAUACUUAAUAAGUAUAUAAAACAAGAACCUAUUGAUGGACCUAUAGAAUUUGAUCAUGAUAAUGAUCAUGACAUUCCACCUAAUAAUCAAUGUUCUACAAAAUAUUCUGAAUUCAGUACGGACAAAGGCAAAGAUGAAAUUAAACUUGAGGUUGAUGAAAUUGAUGGUAUUAGAUAUGAAAGUAUUUGUGUGGCUGAAAAUCAUGAACUACCACCCAUGACACCAUCUAUGAAAAAUUCAACUAAGUCAUACAACAAAAAAAAAACUACAAAGGCUCCCAAAAUAGUUCAUAAUACUGAUACACCAUUAAAAUCCUGUUCUACAAAAGAUUCUAAAUUAAGUACAGACAAAGGCAAAGAUGAAAUUAAACUUGAGGUUGAUGAAAUUGAUGGUAUUAGAUAUGAAAGUAUUUGUGUGGCUGAAAAUCAUGAACUACCACCCAUGACACCAUCUAUGAAAAAUUCAACUAAGUCAUACAACAAAAAAAAAACUACAAAGGCUCCCAAAAUAGUUCAUAAUACUAAUGCACCAUUUAAAUUCCGUUCUACAAAAUAUUCUGAAUUCAGUACGGACAAAGGCAAAGAUGAAAUUAAACUUGAGGUUGAUGAAAUUGAUGGUAUUAGAUAUGAAAGUAUUUGUGUGACUGAAAAUCAUGUACUACCACCCAUGACAUCAUCUAUGAAAAAUUCAACUAAAUCGCACAACAACAAAAAUUCUAUAAAGGCUCCCAAAAUAGUUUAUAAUAUUAAUAGACCAUUUAAAUGUGAUACUUGUAAUAAAAGAUUUAUACGUAAAGAGCACCUGAAAACGCACAUAUUUAUUCAUACAGGAAUAAGACCUUAUAAAUGCGAAACUUGUGAUAAAUCAUAUACACGGAAAGACAAUUUUAAAAGUCAUCAAAUGAUUCACUCGGGAGAGAAACCAUUUAAAUGUGGUGUGUGUAAUAAAUCAUUUUUACAUAAAGGUCACAUUAGAUCUCAUAUUAGAAUUCACACUGGGGAAAGACCAUAUAAAUGCAAUGUCUGUGGAAAAUCGUUUUUACAGAAAGGCCACUUAAAAACCCACAAACAAAUCCAUUCAGGAGAAAGACCUUAUAAAUGUCAUAGAUGUGAUCUAUCAUAUACACGGAAAGAUAUUUUGGAAAGUCACAAAAAGAUUCAUUUGGGAGAAAAACCUUUUAUAUGUGAUAUAUGUAAGAAAAAUUUUUUACUAAAAAGUCAAGUAAGAGCUCACAUGAGGACACAUACCGGUGAAAAACCAUUUAAAUGUGUUUAUUGUAAUAAAACAUUUUCGAGGAAAGAUAACAUGAAAGCUCACAUUGCGAGAUUGCAUACGAAAUAAUAAUUUUUUGUAAUAAUACGUAUAAUAAUAUUGAACUAUCAGUAUGUAAUUAUAGUUUACUAUAAAUUAUUUUUAUAUUCUUCAUAUCUUCUUUCUUAACUAAUUUUUUUUUCAUUAGUCAAAUGCUUUUAAUUUGAUUUUAUAUCAUGCCAUUUACCUUGUAAGUGUUGAAUAUAUUUUAAAAGACUAAAUUAUAUUGUUUAUUAUUGACUAUAAAGUUAAUAGGUAACGUAGUAUUUAUUAUUGAGUUUGUAAAAUAUAUUUUAAUUUUUAUAAUGUCACUUCAAAAUUAUCUUUUAAAUAAUUAAUUAUUGUAUACUAAAUAUAGUGUUCGCCAACUUAAUUAAUUUAAUGAUUUAUUACUGUUAAUUAAAUUAUUUUAAACUCGUGCCAUGAUAUAGUAUUCUACUAGCUCAAAAUUAUUGAUAAAUGAAUUUAUAUUGAAUUCUGUAACGUAAUCUUUUAUACAUCAAAUAUUACUUAUAAUUUUUGUUCUUGUUUUAAUUGUAUAAUUAGUAAAAAAUAUUUACUAUAAUAAUUGUGACUUGUAUGCAAUUAAUUAUGAAAAAUUAAUGUUACUAACUUCUUUAUUAAUUAACCGAAGUGCUAUAGAGAAAGUAUUGUUUUUACAAUUUUCUUCAAGAGUUAAUGAUGUCUAACAAAUAGUAAUAUUUGAAAAAUAAUCAUAAUUGUAGUAAAAUGCGCACUAUUUAAAUUAUUUUAAAUUUGUUGUUAUAUCAAAUAGUAUAGGUACAUUAAUUGACAAUAUUCUGUCAAUAGAAAACAAUCUAUUCUGAUAAAAUGUGUUUUUUAAAGAUGAUUCAAUUAUUAUUAUAAAAUAAUUUUAAAAAUAAUAUAAUAAAUAUUGUAUAUAAAUUUUUAACUAUGUCAACCUAUUCUAAAUC